AUGUUCCAUGGAUUGCCAAGUGAAGACCCCAUUGACCACCUUGAUGAGUUUGAUAGGCUUUGUGAUUUGACAAAGAUCAAUGGUGUCUCUGAAGAUGCCAUCAAGCUGAGACUCUUUCCUAUGUCUCUAGCUGACAAAGCUCACCAAUGGGAGAAGAGCUUGCCCCAUGGCACAAUCACCACUUGGGAUGAAUGCAAGAAGGCCUUUCUUGCUAAGUUUUUCUCCACCGGUCGCACAGCCAAGCUUAGAGGAGAGAUAUCCAGCUUCAUCCAGCGAAACAAUGAGACAUUCGCAGAGGCUUGGGAGAGGUUCAAAGGCUACACAAGUCAGUGCCCACACCAUGGAUUCAACAAUGAAUCACUACUCUCCACUCUUUAUAGAGGAUGCUUGCCUAGGUAUAGGGAGAUGCUAGACACAGCUAGCAAUGGGAACUUCCUCAACCAGGAUGUAGAUGAUGGCUGGCAACUUGUGGAGAACAUAGCCAUACUCAAUGGAAGCUAUGGAGAAGAGUAUGAUCGCACCAACGGAGCUCGACCCCACUCGAUCGAGCUGGAAGCACAGAUGAGAAAACAUGCUUGCUCUGAACUCGAAGUUGGACAAACUGAUCCUAGCCCAAUUCCCUGCCAAGCAUGUCAAUUAUGUCUCUGGCAAAGCUCUAGUAAAGACCAGGAAGGGGAGGAGAACCAACAUGAGGUUUGCUAUAUUCAAAAUAGACAAGGAGGUUUUAGGAAUCCUCAGCAAGGAUAUACAAUUGGCUAUGGACAACAAGGGACAUACUCCACCUAUCCAAACACCUUGCCGCAACAACACCCUAGUGUCCACCAAGGCUUCACCCAAGGCCUAAUCAUACCCAACCAACCAGAUUGGGAUAUGAAGGAUAUGCUCCAACAACUCCUACAAGGGCAAGCCAAAGGUUCACUGGAAAUGAACCACAAGUUGCCCACCCAAAUCGCUGUGGACAUCGAUGACGAGGAAGGGGAGGAUUUGGUCGAGUAUGCUGAUACUCCGCACCGAACUCGAUCGAGCUGGAACAAAACCCUGAACCAGCUCGAUCGAGCUGGAGAAACCGAGACUCAAGACAAACCAGAGCUCGAUCGAGCUGAGAAAGAGCAGACAAAGCAAGCUCCAGCCAACCAACUAAACCUGUUGAAAGAAGAAAGACACUCCAUCAGGACCACCACCAUACAAACCCCUCUACCCUUUCCAGGAAGGUUCAAGAAACAACUGUUGGAAGCACACAAGGCCAAGUUUGAUGAACUAAUGAGACAACUUGAGCUGAAGUUGCCUUUCAUCGACGCCUUGAUGCUCAUUCCACCUUAUCAGAAAUUCCUGAAGGAUGCUGUUCAGCAAAGAACCAGGGAAGCGCAAGGAAUGGUAGUGUUGACUCGUGAGUGCAGUGCAAUAAUCCAACGGAAGGUCAUUGAUGAUAGGAUUUGUGUGUGGAUGUGA